AUGGUGUGCAGGGUCAUGAAGAAGGUCUCUACCGCAGUGAAAUCCAGGGCGGGAAAUCCAGGGGAGAAGGUGCCUGCGACCGAACAAAUGGCGAAGGCUAACAAAACAAGUAACCCUCCGACGGCGCGAGAGAUUGAUACUCUCUACGCGUCUUUUCUCUCACUAUCUUCGCUGUUUACGGCAGUUGUCGCAUGCCUGGCUGUGCUACAACUUUACUAUGUCUACAAAUAUGUUAGCAAUACACGAAUACAAGCGGAUCUCUAUUAUUUGGUACUGAUGUUUCCGGAUUUGCAGAUCACAACAGUGUGCAAUUUGGCAGGAAUGUUUAUACCACGAGCUGCACCGUUCCUAUACGCCGUCGCUCUUAUAUUUUAUGUUCUGUCUCUUCGUGGUUGUGUCCUUGCUGUUCAAUAUUUUUGGGAAGUCGAAAGGAAAUGUCCGACUAUUUAUUGGAGAGGAAGCAAUCAGACCAUAGACAGCUUCAUGACGCCAGCAAUUCGAGUAGAACCGGAGGCGAAAAUCACAUUCGAUCCGAUUGUUGGCGAAACUCUUCGAGUCCGACGGAACUCUGAGAAUCCAGUUUUGACGGUGUAA